CAAAAACAUUAAUCAUUUGUCCUAUGUAAAAUGUGUCUUUAGACUUAUUUUAUCCUUUGACAUAUUAUAUUAGUUGGACUAUAUAUAAGAAGAAAAUUAACAAGAACUGUUGUUGUGAUAAUUCUUUUCAUUUCGUUAUUGUUAAUAGUUUAAGGGAAAAGAAAGAAAGAAAGGAAGGAAGGAAGAAAAGAAAUGGCAAAUGAGAGUAAUAGUGUAGCAGCAUGUACAGAAAGGGCAACAAGUGAUACGCUCAUAGGUCCGGAUUGGGCUAUCAACAUGGAACUAUGUGAUCUUAUCAACAUGGAUCCCAGACAAACAAAAGAUGCAUUGAAGAUACUGAAGAAGCGUCUUGGAAGCAAAAAUCCAAAAACACAACUACUGGCUCUUCUUGUACUGGAAACUCUAAGCAAAAAUUGUGGGGAGAAUGUGUUUCAACAGAUCAUUGAGCGUGACAUCCUGAACGAUAUGGUUAAAAUCAUGAAGAAAAAGCCGGAUCUAAAUGUAAGAGAAAAGAUUCUGAUAUUGUUAGAUACAUGGCAAGAAGCUUUCGGAGGAAAGGGGGGAGUGUAUCCUGAGUACUAUGCAGCAUACAAUAAACUGAAAUCUAGCGGAGUAGAAUUUCCACCGAGAGUGGAAGAUAGUGUGCCGUUGUUUACACCUGCACAAACUCACCCAGUUGCUCACCCUCCUUCAGCAAUUGAAGAAGAAAUUGCUAUUCAGGCCUCCCUUCAAACUGAAGCUUCUGGACUUGAGUUGUCAGAAAUUAUGACUGCACAAGGAAUAGCAGAUGUGUUGACGGACAUGCUUGGCGCUUUGGAUCCAAAGAACAGAAUGGGGCUGAAGGAGGAUCUGAUCGUUGACCUUGUCGGUCAGUGUCGCUCUUACCAAAAUCGUGUUAUGACCCUCAUUAAUACGACCACAGAUGAGGAGCUUUUAGGUAAGGGCUUGGCCCUAAAUGAUACUUUGAUGCGUGUUCUUCGUCACCACGAUGACAUGGCAACAGGAGCUCCAAACCACACAUUAGGGGGUGGGGAUCAGGAAAAUUCAGUUGCACGUCCUGUAAAUGCAGCUCGCGAGGAUGAUGAAGCCGAAGAUGAUUUCGUCCAGCUAGCACCAAGGUCAUCAAGAGGUGAACCGGUGUAUGUUAGCCCAGUUGCCCCUCCUCCACCCUCAUCAACCAAUUCUACUCGUUCUGACUCGGGACCAAUGGUUGACUAUCUGAGUGGUGAAGCAUACGAUUCCAAAACACGUUCUGCUGGACCAUCCAUGUCUUAUGAUGAACCAAUUAGGUUCACCAAAUCAGCAGACUAUGUAUCUCAGUCUGAAUGGGAUGUUCUGCAUCCUGCCACCUCUAUGCCACCACCUCAUUUGAGUCCUAGUAGUGGGUCUACUUCCUCUUAUGACGGGUUGGCAGGGCAGACUCGUGAACUCACACUAAAUUCUCAGUCUCCGGCCAACAAAGAGAAAUCCAGCGACGUUUUGUUUCAAGAUCUUGUUGAUUUUGCAAAAGCCAAAUCGUCUACUUCUAAGCCUAAUAGGUCGUUUUGAUUGAGCAAGUUUGCGCAGUUGUUUGGAUUAUAUAUUUGUUAGCUUGAUCUUUCAUCAUUGUAUAUGUUGAUAUUGUUUGUUAAAACAAUCAUUGUAGCUUUGUAGGAUUGGUGUUAUUCUUUUUUCGGAUCGCUUGGGUUUGUAGUUAUGAUUGUAUAUAUAUACUGUUCGAUAUGUAUUUCAUCUUGGGACUAUACACAGUUGAUC